AUGCGUGAUCUCCUACCAGCUCUUCGUGCGGCGGGUCUGCCAAAGUUUAAAGAGGUCGGUCAGAGAGAAUGGAUCCGAAGAUUGCGCGAUUCGAAUCCAGAUCCCGAAGCUAAUCUGACCGUCAAACUCGUCGAGUUCUUCACGAGCAAAUAUGACACUGAAGUGACGAUGCGGAGGAAUUUGGACUAUGUCACCUCUGCGGCGGUGGAGUUGUCCCCAGUAUUGGCGACUGUUCCAGACUGGUCGACUGAGUUGGUGGAGAAGUUUGUGGAUAACUUCCUCAAGACGAGCUGGGCUACAAAAUGCCGGGGAGUGGUGGAAACUCACUGA